AUGAUUGCUACCCUCCCCAACAACUCAUCUUAGUUUUCUCUCGUGCCUGUCCACUGCCUUAGUUACAACGUUUUUCCCCAAUGGAAAGAGAACACACAAGCCCUUGAAAGAAAGGUACUUGCAGAUAUGAUUCAAUCAAAUCAGAUCAUGUCUGGUACUAUGAACACUUGUGACCCCUCAGUCAUCUUUUCCAUACCACUUCUGUUAAUGUACUUGAAUUGAAAUGAAAUUUACUCAGGAUUGAUGCUUACCAAAUAUCUUCUCUGCAAGUUGCAAUCAUGAUUAAAAGGUUUUCUUGAUAUAUGGUUGUAAACUGAGCCUAUAUAUUUUCCUUAAUCAUCUUCUGCCAUGGUGAAAAGAAGUUUUACUUGAUUUAACAUAUGCUAACAGAUCUUAGUCAUUCUCUCUCAUGUUGGUCCUUAUAUAAACAGCAUUAGCCUUGGGGAUAGUUGCUGUGAUAUAUGUGAAUUGUUAUGAUGGAAAGAAUGAAGACUGUCAAGCAGCAGCUGUCAAAGGAAUUGCAGAGGGGAGGCAGAGAUAACAAGAAAGUGAAGAUUAAGAGGGAAUGUUGUUGUAUGUGUGGGGAUGUGGGAUUUGAGGAGAAGCUCUUCAGAUGCAAAAAAUGCAGUUACAGGUUUCAGCACAUAUAUUGCAGUCAAUUGUUUACAAGCUUGGAAAAUAAGGUGGAAAUCUGUGAAUGGUGUCUGGAGACUGAAUCCAAGGAGAGGAUUCAGCAAAACAGCACAAAAAGAAAAUCCCACGCAAAAGAUGAUUAUCAAGGCAACCAUGAAAGUGGGUGUAGAGCAGAAAAUUCAAAAGAAAUAGAGGGUGAAAGAUGCAAUUCCAACUUAGUUUCACGGAAUGUUCAGAGUUCUCACAGAGGCCUUGGUCAGCGUUACAGGCUUCUUUCUGAGGUUCUCUGCCAAGUUUCUUAUUGAAGGAGGAGUAUGUAGUCAGAAUCACUAAGGUUUUUUCACUUGAAUUAGUUAAAGUGAAAUAUUGUACAGUGGGUUUGCGUGUGAAUGAUUGUACAGUGUGUGUGUCUUUUCUCAGUUUUGUCUAUGUACAUAUUAAGAGGACAGGUUUUGUUAUACCCCAAAGGAGUGGACUUGCAUAAAUAUGCACAUAUUGGCUUUCCAUACGGAAUUUAAGAAACAUGGUAGAUUUUUUAUAAAUUAUUGGUUGUUUUA